AAGAAGUAUUGAAACCAUUGGAUCAGCAUGAAGCCAGGCAACACGAGGAAAGCAAUUCUGACUUAAAUUUGACGUUCAAGCUGAUUUUACAAUGUCAAGCAGUAUGUGAACAAGGAAGGCUCACAGAAAUAAUUUCCCCAGUCCAACAUUAUUUACAUUUAUAAAAACACCCUCAAAGUCAUCACUGAUGUAAAUUAAUGCAUUACACGAUAAGGAAACGCUCAAUGCAAUUUGCCCUUGGGAAGUUUUGGAUAUAUAGCAGCUCAAUUAAAUAAAGUAUUAACACACUUGUGAGUCUGCCAGUGGUAGGGCUACCAUUACAGCGUCUUUGAUGGCUCUAAUGAAGAGACGCUGCCUUGAAAUGCCAAGAUAUUAGAAAUCAGCCUUUGAAUGAAACCCUAAUGGACAAAUGAGAUGUUCCUUAUGGAAAUAAUUUAAGAAGCGUGUCUUUAUACAACUUCUUUGUCAUGGCAACGACACCUCAACUUCUGAAUACAACGCUAUCGCCGAGCAAUAUAACAACCAAGUCCCAAGAACAGAUUCUUUAUCAGAGUGCGGGGGCGAUAGUUGCUGCUAUUGUGGUUGGUGUAAUUAUUAUAUUUUCAUUGGUGCUUGUUACCCUCAAGAUGUAUAACAGGCGUUCAAGAACAGAGAGGGAAUUGGGGAUGAAAAGCACCAAAACUACGAACACACCAAGCACGCGGGUUGGCAGUUCCAUCAGCCAACCUACAUCCUUAACAUCAGUCCCACCAGACAUCCACCUUGAAAACAGAUGAUCGUAAAUGAGCCCCCACCCCCCACCCCCCGGCUUUGGAAAUAUGAAGUCAUUCUUUGGUUGGUGAUUAACGUUAGUUUUUAGGACAUGACCCGAACACGUGAAUGUGUUGUUCUGAAAUGUGAGAAAACUUGCUUAUUAUAGAGACUAUUAAUCCCUGUGUUUAGAAAGCCUUCCUGGAAGAAGAGCAGUGAACAGUUACCCCGCAUGAGCAAGCAACCAUUGUGUAGAAUUCUAGCAAUGCUUCUCCAUGGACAUCACCUGGACAUUACAAAAGGCAUCCUUUCAUUUCCUCUAUCCCAAGUCUAUGCAAGCCUAUGAGAAUGUAUCCAUUUUCUGAAGGUCAGCAUGCCUCUGACUCACUGUGGUUGUUGCUGCAUUUACUCACUGGACUGAUCACUAACCUCAUCAUGGAUUUUAUAUAUAUGUGCGUGUAUUUAUAUUUAUAUAUAGAAAAGAUGCUAUGUAUAGAAUGUUGGAACUUUCUUUUUUUUUUUU